AAUGGGCUUUCUGGUCGAUCUACUGAGCCAGCCCACCAUCACGGGGUUCCUGGCGGGGUGCUCGCUGACCAUAGCGCUGCAGCAGCUGAAGCCCAUUCUGGGGUACAGUGACUUCACGCUCAGCACCAGCGUUGUCAACAUCUUCAAGGCCGUCGCCCAGUACUCCGACCAGUUCCAAUGGCGUGCCUUCGUCCUCGGCUCUUCCUUCUUUGUUGCCCUCACCAUCCUCCGUAUCCUCACGAAGAUCUACCCCAAGAGCAAGACACUCUUCUAUGCCAACGCACUGGGCCCCAUCUCCUCUAUAGUCCUCUCCACUAUCAUCGUGGGCGCCUCCGGCAUGUACAACAAGGGCGUAGCCACGGUGGGCAGCAUAAAGACGGGCAUGGGCGGCAUGUCAUCGGUGUGGGACAUUGAUCUGCACAACGAGUAUACUGACGAGGUCGCACUGAUUGCUCUCUACGCUGCCCUCGUCUCCCUUGCUGAAUCGAUUGGCAUAGGACGCACAUUUGCGGGCAUGUAUGGUUACCACAUCGAUGGUAACAAAGAGCUCAUAGCCUACGGAGCCAUGAACCUCUCAGGCUCCUUCACGUCCUGCUACGUUGCCACAGGCUCCUUCUCUCGCACAGCAGUGAACAUCCUAGCAGGGGCACACACAGCACUAACACAAAUCAUCCUCGCCCUGACCAUGCUCGUUGUGCUCCUUGCUGCUGCCCCCGCCUUCAAAUACGUGCCUGCUUGUGUGGUGGGAGCAAUUAUCGCCAACUCGGUGCUCAACCUGCUCGACUUCAAAGCGGCGUUUCAGAUCUGGCGGGUCGACAAACUAGACUUCAUAGUCAUGCUGGGCUGCUUCCUCGGGAUCAUCUUUGGCUCGCCCGAGAUCGGUCUGCUCGUCGCCUCUGUGCUCUCCGUCCUCAAGCUCCUCCUCCGCAUCGUCCGCCCGCACAUCCGCCUGCUGGGCCUGCUCCCGGGCGGCGCCGCUACAGCCGUGAGCGUGCUACAGUUCCCCAACAGCACGCUGUGCGAGGGGAUCGUGAUGCUGAGGAUUGAGAGCCCGCUGUACUUCCCGGCUGCGAAUUUCUGCCGGCAGCGCAUCAAGAAGCUGUGUGAUGCAUAUGCGAGGGGGUACCAGCAACCCGUGCGGCACUGCAUUCUCGAUCUGAGCGUCAUGCACGACAUCGACGUGUCGGGCAUCGACGGGUUGAAGGAGCUCCACCGAGACCUGUCUGAGAAGAGCAUUCAGCUCUGCCUAUCCAGUGCAUCAAGGGAUGUGCUGCGCAAGCUGUGGGAUGCCAACUUUCUGGCAGAGAUGGGCGAGCAGUGGCUCUUCGUCACUCCCGCCGACGCCGUCAAGCUGUGUCGCUCCAUGGCCGUGGCUGCACCGGCUGUGAAGGAGCAGGACGAGCUGUUGGCAUCAGUUCAGGUGUAUGACAUCUAA